AUGUGGUUAAGAAGUGAAGUGACUGAUCAAAGUCAUUUGCGACUUACUGCUAAAGUAUUGAAUCAGAUAACAGAAGCGACGAGUAAGCAGUCACAUUCGAAAUCGAAUUCGGAAAGUGUUAAAAGGAGAAAAGGAAAAUCAUCAAAUCGUAAAAAGCGCAAAGGUCAAAAAUAUUCAGAAUCCCAAAAACCGGAAACAAGUUCUCAGGCUCAAUUCAGUACAAAUAAUCAUUCUGAAUCAAGUAAUCAAUAUUCUACAUCAAACUCACCAUCAUCUUCGUUCAGAAAUAGAAAAUUUAGCAAAAAGAGAAUAGAUUUUAGAAAAGCCAUUAAUAGUGGUGAAGUGGACUCGUGUUCGAAAUCAUCGAGAUUAUUGGAAAAAAUAAAAAGUAGCAGAGCGAGUAGGAGAAUCGGUGGGAUUGCACUUAAACAAAGUAUUGUUCGUUCGAAAAAAUUAAACGCAGUCGAAAACAACGGUCAACUCACGAGAAUAAUUCACAAAACGAGGUGGCCGAGGAAAAACGAGUCGUUGAAAAAGGAUUCGUUUUACGACAAUGGCGGCGGGGGUAUAUUUAACAAAAAAAAUUACAAUAAAAAUUCAAACAAUAAUAAAAAAAAACGUUGCAACAAAAAAAAUAGCGGCGAAGAAGUUUUGCCGGAAAAAACCGGAUAUAAAAAACACAAUCCCAGAGGUGGUCUAAUAAAAUCAAUUCAAAAAAGAACAGGUUUCGGUGAGGAAACGUCUAAAAUAAGUAAAAACAUUGGAGUGUCGAAAUUACAACGAAAAUCAUCAUCAUCAUUCAGGCUUCCCAAUACUAAACAAAAGUGCAAUAUAAAAUGUUGUGAUAAAAAGUGUUUGAACAAAAACAUUGACAACUGUACAAAUGCAAUGGAAAGGUUAGAUUUAAUUAAUGAAAAUGAAAAAAGUAACUUGAUUGUUUUGUCGCAAUAUGUGAAUCCAUUACUGCAAGUAAAUUCGACGAAUGAAAAAUCAAAUGAUAAAUUAUCACAAUUAAAUAACGCCAUAUCCGAGGCGAAAAAUUCAUUGGAAAAUAUUCUUGCUGGUAAUGGAGGAGACAAGUUUAUCGAUAAAACAAUAAAUGGGAUAAAUGAAAAUGUCGUUUCAAAUGACAAAAACACAUUUGAAGAAAAAGAAAAUUUUACUGAUUUAUAUUCUUCGGAAGGUAAAGAAGAUAAAUUUGACAAAGUAGAAGAAAAUCAAUUGAGUUUAUUGGAAAAUUCAUGCAAGAUAGUAUCACCAUCGACAUUAACUGAUGGACCCUCGGAAGUUUCUUUCUACGAAGUUUUUCCACCGAACAUUUAUAAUUUUGAAGAUGCUCUUUGCGUGGUCGGAGAACAUUCAGAUAAAAAUUCAUCAGUUACCAUUGACGCAAAAUAUCCAAUAAUGAAAGAUCCAACGACGGAAAUUCAAAUGUUGGCAACAUAUUCUGAUAGUUUGAAAAAUAUAUCUCAAGAAGAACCGUUUCCACAGAUCACAUCUAAUUCGAUUGAAAGUCAAAUGGCGAUCAACAUGACUUCAUUGGAUAUAUGCAAAAACGUUUACAUUCAUAAAGAAAGCGGAUUAAACGAACAAAAUUUUGGUAGCGCGGAAGACAUCGAAAGGAUUUACGAAUUGGCACGAGAAAGUGGUAAAAAUUACACUCUGGCAAGAGAACUUGAAAAACAUUAUUUGAUGGAUUGUUCGACGAGCGAAAAUUUCGACGGUUCGAAAAAUAAAAACGACGGAGAGGAAGACAACAAUGUUAAUAAUGGCGUUUUGGAAAAUAUCAAUUGUUCAAUGCACGAUGAUGGUUCCGUUGAUUUGAACUACUUGUCAAGAUGCGAUACGGGGAUAAUAACAUCUGUCGAAGAGCAACAGUGCGUUCCAAUGGAAGAAGACGAAUGGGAUCCAUAUCUUUUCAUAAAACAUUUACCCCCCUUGACGAAUGAAAUGAGAGCUCGAUGUCCAGCAUUACCGUUGAAAACAAGGAGCAGUCCGGAUUUUUCUCUAGUUUUAGAUUUGGAUGAGACUCUGGUUCACUGUAGUCUUCAAGAAUUGCAAGAUGCAUCUUUUACAUUUCCAGUUUUGUUUCAAGAUUGUGCGUAUACGGUUUUCGUGAGGACGAGACCGUAUUUUAGAGAAUUUCUAGAAAGGGUUUCGUCAUUGUUCGAAGUUAUUUUAUUUACGGCGAGCAAAAGAGUUUACGCGGAUAAACUCAUGAAUUUAUUAGAUCCGAAAAAAAGAUGGAUAAAGUAUCGAUUAUUUCGAGAGCAUUGCGUUUGCGUCAAUGGAAAUUACAUAAAAGAUUUGACCAUACUCGGUAGAGAUUUAUCAAAAACUAUUAUCAUUGAUAAUUCUCCUCAGGCAUUUGGUUACCAAUUGGAAAAUGGUAUCCCGAUCGAAAGUUGGUUCGUCGAUAGAAACGACAACGAACUCAUGAAAUUGAUACCAUUUUUGGAAGAUUUAAAAAAAAAAAGCAAAUAUUUUCACAUGAUCGUCAAAUAA